UAUUUUACCAGAAUGUUUCAGCUCGUUCCACGUUAAUGUUCAGUUCUCAUCAAAAAGUAAUGAAUCUUAAAUUAGUUCAUUUAUAUUUGUGAAUGGGACAUUUUUCCAUAAUUACAUUCAAAGUCAUUUUUACCUUCAUAGCAUCCACAGACAGUGCAGAGCGUAUAUAACAUCUGUGCAGGUUCGUAACUGAAGAGAAAUGCUUUCAGUAUCGUUUAAAAAAACCUCUGAAGGACAUUUUCCAUAUAAGAUGUCUGAAUAAGUGUCUUUGAGGCGCUGCACACAGCAGACCAAUCAGAGACGACGUCUUCAGUUUAUAAGAAGCAUUUUUAUAAAACAAUAUUUAUUUGUUGACAGUGAAAGUUCAUUCUCCAGCUCUGAAACAGCAGUUGACAGAACGAUCUGAUCAUUGUAUCUGUUCUGGAGCUUUCGAGCGUAAUACAUGAUCUUCCUCAGCAGAUGGAGUUGCUUCCAGGACUUCUCGGGCUUAUCGAAAGUUAAUUCUUAUAUAAAUCUGCUGUUUGUGCCGAGGCAUCACAAAUAACAUGAUACCACUAUUUAAUCUAUUUUCAAAGAAUAAGAAUUUAUUUUGAAUAAAAUAAGCGAAUGUGGAAGAUGUGAGGCGAGGAGUGAUGCUAACGUUUGAGAUGUUUUCAGCCUAUUUGACCUCCUCAACAUGGCGGCAGGAACAGGACGUGUUGGAACAGGAAGCGGGGCAGAAGCUGCGCCUGCGCAGUGGCUCACCCCGGGUCCCUGUAAAGAUGUCUGAGCAGGCGGGGAGGGAGCGGAGCGGAGGACCCGAAACAAACGGACAGAAUCCGCGACUCCUCGCAACUUAACCAGUCAAGUGUGUUUUCCUGUCCAGGCAGGUCGAUGUCAUUCUGACGAGUAGCUGAGAUGUCCAAUGACAGCCAGGGAUCGGUGAAGGGGGAGGCGGCCAUGAUGCCGUCUCCGUCUGUCUCCGCCUCCUCUCAGGGACCGCCCCUUUCUCCGUCCACCACCUCCAAACCACCUGAGCUCCCAGAUGAACUGGUCCAGGCUGGAUGGUCUAAGUGCUGGUCUCGGAGGGAGAACCGACCGUAUUAUUUCAACAGAUUCACCAAUCAGAGCCUGUGGGAGGUGCCGGUGCUGGGUCAGCAUGAUGUCAUCUCUGAUCCUUUAGGUCUGAAUGCGGCUCCAGCAGAGGGCGGAGACAGUAACCUUGGUAACGGUCAGAGGAAGAGGAGGAGCUCUGAGGAGCAGGGGGCGGGGCCUAACAGCAUCAAACGAGCUAAGGUGGAGCCCACCACGCCCAUCUCUCCCAGCACCCCCGGGGUCAAACCCUGGAACUCCGCCCCCGAGGACAAACCGGCCCCGUCAGCCACACCCAUAACUCCAAGCCCCGCCCCUGCUCCAUACAGGCCAGCUAUUAUCUACUGGGAUCUGGACGUCCAGACCAAUGCUGUGAUCAGAGAGCGCGCACCCGCUAACCACCUGCCCCCCCACCCUGAGAUCGAGCUGCAGAGAGCCCAGCUGGUCACCAAACUUCGGCAACACUACCACGAACUGUGUCACCAGAGAGAAGGUAUUGAUCCGCCCCGGGAGUCCUUCAACCGCUGGCUACUGGAGAGGAAAGUGGUUGACAAAGGUCACGACCCCUUACUGCCGAGUGACUGUGACCCCGUCAUCUCGCCGUCCAUGUUCAGAGAGGUCAUGAACGACAUUCCCAUCAGGUUGUCGCGUAUUAAGUACAAAGAGGAGGCCCGGAAGCUGCUGUUUAAAUACGCUGAAGCCGCCAAGAAGAUGAUCGACUCCCGGAAUGCGAGUCCAGAGAGCAGGAAGGUGGUGAAGUGGAACGCUGAAGACACCAUGAACUGGCUGCGCCGAGAUCACUCGGCCAGCAAGGAGGACUACAUGGACCGUCUGGAGCACCUGAGACAGCAGUGUGGUCCUCACGUCACCGCCGUCGCCAAAGACUCUGUGGAGGGAAUCUGCUCCAAGAUCUACCAGCUGUCUGCAGAGUACAGCCGCCGCCUGAGACAGACUCACCUGAGCCUGCUGCAGGACCCCCCCAUAGAGGCGUGUGCGUCCCCCCAGCAGUCCCGGUUGGUCUACUGUUACCCGGUGCGUCUGGCGCUCCCCUCGCCCCCCCUCCCUCGAGUCGAGCUGCACUUUGAGAACGACGUGGCCUGUCUGCGCUUCAGAGGAGAGAUGGUCAAAGUCAACAGAGGGCACUUCAGCAAACUGGAGUUGUUGUACAGGUACAGCUGUAUAGACGAUCCUCGCUUUGAGAAGUUCCUGUCCAGAGUCUGGUGCCUCCUCAAGAGAUACCAGGUGAUGUUUGGCAGCGGAGUUAACGAGGGGACGGGCCUGCAGGGGGCGCUGCCGGUGCCGGUGUUCGAGGCGCUGAACCGACAGUUCGGAGUUUCCUUCGAGUGUUUCGCCUCGCCGCUCAACUGCUACUUCAAACAGUUCAGCUCGGCGUUCCCCGACAUCGAUGGCUUCUUUGGAUCCAGAGGGCCGUUCCUGUCUUUCUGUCCAGUCAGCGGCUCGUUCGAAGCCAACCCUCCGUUCUGUGAAGAGCUGAUGGACGCCAUGGUGACGCACUUCGAGGAGCUCUUGGAUCAGUCCUCUGAACCUCUGUCCUUCAUCGUCUUCGUCCCUGAGUGGCGUGACCCCAUGACCCCGGCUCUGACCCGCAUGGAGGCAAGCCGAUUCCUCCGUCACCAGCUGAGCGCCCCGGCCUACGAACACGAGUAUCGCUCCGGGAGCCAACACCUCUGCAAGAAAGAUGAGAUGUACUACCGGGCGGUACACGGUACUGCAGUACUCUUCCUGCAGAACGAUGCUGGUUUUGCGAAGUGGGCUCCGACUCCGGAGCGUCUGGCUGAGCUGACGGCGGCGUACCGACCCUCCCUCUCUCGCCCGUCCUCGCUGUCAUCUCCUGGCCCCGCCCAUAAUACUCCUGGAGACAGAGACUCCGCCCCCAAGGCCGCCGAUAGGCCACAGAGCGGCGUGAUGUCACCCGGUGGCCAUGACAAUAACAACAACAGCAGCAGCAACAACAGCAGCAGCAGUAGCAGCGGCAGUCCUCUAGACAAGAUGGCCGCCGUGUAGAGGGGGCGGGGCUUGUAGUGUGACCACGCCCCUUCACCUGUUGAAAAGUUGUUUAAAGUUUGUCUAUUUUACAGCGGUAGUUUGUCCUGAUCGUCCCGUCUGUUCAGAUUGUCCCUCACCAGCACCUGUAGCACACCCUAAGCGUCUGUCAACAUACCCACAAUGCCGUUCUGCCGCCAGCAGGGGGUGGGGCCAGAGCGUCCCUCUCAAACCUAAUUUAAUCCUUUCUGUUGGCUUUCACCGUGUCCCCGCAAUCUGGUUUGUCCCCCCUCACAUCAGCUCUUCUGAUUGGUCGAAGCUCUGACUUCACAGCACCUGGAGUCUUUCUUUUACCUGCAGCUGAUUCACGUCCAGGUGUGGCUGCUCCUGUUGCUUAGCAACAAGCACCGCAGCUAAUAAGAAGAUGUAGUUGAUCAGCGAGCAGCAACAUGUUGGAGCUCCAGCAAUAAAAACCUUUUCAUUCACCUGUGAUGUCAUCUGUGAUGUCACUGCUCCUCUGGGUCCCUGGAGGACUUCCGAUUGGACCCCACACCGACAGGGCUUGGUGAUUGGUCGACAAGGCAGCUAUCGUUUCUAUUGGACUCGUCUUUCUUUGUUGAGUCGGACAGAAUCUAGCGACGUCCUGCUUCAGGCCCCGCCUCCUCAGGUCGGCCUGGCCAACUGGUGCGCGUCCUUCGGAGGAUGAACCUGCUCGGCCCGCGGUGGAUUGUGGGAAACUGAGUCUUCAGCGGGCAGGAGGAGGCAGAGCCUUUGCAAUGAGGUCAUAUUCACGCGUGGAAGGAGGCGGAGUCAGAACCGUGACUCAGACCGGUCAGCGAGGACAGACGACUCCUCAGAGGUCCCGUCGCACUUCCUGUGGUGUCACGUGACGCCACAGGAAGUGCGCGGUCAGAGACGUGACAGUCAGAUCCUCCGUCACCGGGGAGGGAGGCGUUUGCACCGCAGGUGUGACCAGGUGUGUUCUCGCUCUUCAAGCUGCGCGAACUUAUUUCAGGGUUUCUGCAGUGAAAGUCUGGUUCAUCGUAGUUUCAUCGCAACUUGACUUUGUUCUUUCUUUGUCUCGUUUUAUCUUUUCCCCAAAAUAUCGUCUUUGUCUCGAAUAUUACGACUUUCACCUCCCGAUCUUUUGAGCGUCUUUAGUGGAAAUAUAAUUGGUUGUCAGUCCGUCGUAGGACGUGAACGUAUGCGAGGACAUGUUUAAACUACCGCGGCGCACCUCACGCGGCUGACUGUCUGUCCUCUGAUUGGCUGACGGGUCGUCCUGCGGGCGUCUGUCUCCGUGUGACGUCAGUUUCUGCCCCAGCAGCAGUGUAGAUACUGUACAGGUAAACUGAUAUGAAGUCUGUUGGUGUUAUUUUCCUCAUCUGCUUUUAAAUUGAUUGAAAAAACAAAUUUUUUUAUUUGAUUUAAUUUAACGUUUUUUAAGAAGAGAUGGAGAUGUUUUCUGUAUUAUACAGCUUAUGAUAGUUUGUUUUUAAACUAAACCAAAGUGUUAUUAAGAAAGUCUAUAUCUUGUAUGUAAAAGUAGCCGUGUGUGCGUCAUGCUGAAGUUAACCAGCAGGAAACUCCUCCACCUUAUUUUUAUAAUUCAGCUGUUUCUGUACGUGGUCUUUGUUUUUUAUGGGUUUUGGUUAUUUUGGGUUUUUGUUGUGCAUGAAAUGAUUUUGGACUCUAAAUGAUGUUCGUAUUCCUGAAUGUGUUUCUCAGGCGUCGCCGUCUUUAAAGGAGCAGUCCAGCAUUUUGGGACGAAAAGGUGGACUUUUUCUUAUUUGACGGAGCAAAGCUAGCAGUUUCCCCCUGCUUCCAGUCUUCGUGCUAAGCUAGGCUAAUGUUGGACUGUUCCUUUAAACUACAGCACGCUGACGAGAGAAACACAUUGCAGAUGUUUUAUUGUAAUAAUUUCCUACUUAUGGGACCUGUAUCUGAUAAAAGCUGAAGUUCUCGUAAUUACGAGAUAAAAAUCUUGUGGUUACGACUUCCGUGUCUCAAAAGAUGUCACAACAGUUUCCUCAAAAUAAUUACAAGAAAACUCUUUUCUUGUAAUUGUUUAUAUAAAACUAAGUACAUAAUGAAUAUUAUUCAUGUUGAGUUACGACUUCUGUCUCAUCAUUUCUAGAAAACUUUCCUCUUGAGCUUCAUGUCAAAAUUAAAAAUGAGAACAUUUCCAUUAUUGUUAUAUUUACGAGCCUUUCUGUAACUUUGAAAACGCAUUUCGUGAGUUUCCUGUAAUUGCGAGAGACAGAUGUUGUAACUUUGUCACAUUAACUGCAAGAUUUCUGUCUCGUACUUACACAAGACGCUGUAACGACCUGAGCUGUUUGGAGAUCUUGAAGCUUUGAAGAGAUGGCGUCUCAUAAUUAUGACUUAUAAAACAGAGGUCAUAACGACA